UUCGUUUCUGAGUCACUCUCGUGCGCUACUCUCAAGAAUCAUCAUGUCUGACGCUCCAGUCGCCGCAGCACCCGCCACCCCGAAGGCACCCAAGAAGAAGGCCGCAGCCAAGCCCAAGAAGCCUGCAGCUCACCCUCCAACCGCUACCAUGGUCAACGAAGCUAUCAAGACCUUGAAGGACAAGAAGGGAUCUUCUCUUCAGGCCAUCAAGAAGUACAUCGCUGCCACCUACAAGGUUGAUGCCGACAAGCUUGCUCCCUUCAUCCGCAAGUACGUCAUCUCCGCCACCGCCUCAGGCAAAAUUAUCCUGACCAAGGGUAAGGGUGCCGCUGGCUCCUUUAAGCUUCCCGCUAAGGAAGAGAAAAAGAAGGUCGCCAAGAAGCCCGCCAAGCCGAAGGCCCCCAAGGCCAAGAAACCCAAGGCAGCAGCCAAACCCAAAAAGGCUAAAUCUCCGAAGAAAGCUAAGGCAGCCAAAUCCCCAAAGGCGAAGAAAGUCGCUAAGCCACCCACCAAGAAACCAAAGGCACCCAAACCCAAGAAGGCAGCAGUGAAGAAAAGCCCGAAGAAGGCCGCACCUAAGAAGAAGUAAACUGUGAACACAGUUUCUAUUCGAGCGCAGACUCCACUUUAAAACGGCCCUUUUCAGGGCCAC